AUGUUGACCUUUUCUGUUCUCUUUAUUUGCGUAUUCCUUGCAAAUUGGGUAGUCCUCGCACACCCUGGCCACAACGUCGCUGAAGAAGCGGCUGAACGGAAGCAAUUCUUUAAGCGCAGUCCGAAAACAAUCCGUUCGUGCGCCAGCACACUGAAGGCUCGAGGCCAUGAAUCUGCAAGCACCGCCCGUCGUCAAGCGCUCGUCAAUCAUCUGCGUGUCAAGCGCGGCUUAGAAGGCACGCCGCUCAUCCACCGAAGAGACUUCACUUCGUACAAUUUCUCCCACGUCUCGGACAACUCGGACAUCUCUUUGAACUCGGACGAAACGGUUCUCUUCUCGGACAACUCCUCGUGCACUCUGCAGAGCGAAACCACGGAAGGACCCUACUACGUCAAAGGAGAAUUGAUUCGCGAAAAUCUAGUCGACGGUGAAGAAGGCGUUCCCUUGUUUCUCGACAUCCAAAUCCUCGACACUGCCACGUGUGAGCCUGUGCCUGCUCUGUAUACGGAGAUCUGGUCAUGCAACUCCACAGGCGUGUACAGCGGCGUGGUUGCAAAUGGGAAUGGCAACAGCAACGAUACGACGAACCUGAACAAUACUGCCUUGAGGGGGAUCCAACAGACGGAUCUCAACGGCGUUGUGCAGUUCAACACAAUAUUCCCCGGCCACUACACUGGUCGGGCCACCCAUAUACAUGUGCUUGCCCACAGUCUCAAUUCAACGACCGUCCGGUUGAACAGGACCCUCCUCGAUGCCAACGCUUCCUCUUCCGUCCACGUCUCCCACGUCGGCCAGCUCUUCUUCGAUCAAAGCCUCAUCUCCAAAGUCGAGACAGAAUCACCCUAUAGCACAAAUUCGCAAGACGUGACUUUGAACGCUGACGACGGGAUUCUGGCCGGCGAGGCAGAUGCCACGGAUCCGUUCGUGGAAUACGUGCUACUCGGCGAUAAUGUCUCGUCCGGCAUCGUAGCAUGGAUCAGCAUCGGCAUUGACACGACACAAGAUAGGCAAGUCAGUAAUGCUGCAGCCUAUUAUGAAGAUGGUGGUGUUGCCAACGGCGAAGGAGGGAUGGGCUUGGGCUCUGGAGGAGCCCCACCAGACAUGAAUGCUACUUUGUCCUGA